AGAGAGAGAGAGAGAAGAGAGGUAUAAUAGUUGUACACAGAGUCUUGCAGAUAGACAUACAAAUUUAAAACUUGACUUGCAUAAAAUCAGUCACUAUUCACAUACAUAUUAUACAGUUUGCUGUGUCUCUAUCUAUAUACAAUCCCCCAAUCAAUCGGUUUUGGAAGAGUUGCGACAAAACACAGAAGAUGGAGCUGCAGAACACUGUGAAAGAAGCCCUAAACGCGCUGUACCACCAUCCGGACGACGCCGUACGGAUGCAAGCCGAUCGCUGGCUUCAAGAUUUCCAGCGGACGAUUGACGCUUGGCAGGUGGCAGAUAAUUUGCUUCAUGAUACUGCCAGCAAUAUAGAAACUUUGAUAUUCUGCUCGCAAACUCUCAGAAGCAAGGUGCAACGUGAUUUUGAAGAACUACCUUCCGAAGCUUUUCGUCCAUUACGGGUUUCUUUAAAUACCUUGCUGAAAUCAUUUCACAAAGGACCUCCUAAAGUUAGAACUCAGAUUAGCCUUGCAGUAGCUGCAUUGGCUGUCCACGUACCAGCAGAAGAUUGGGGAGAUGGCGGUAUUGUAAAUUGGUUAAGAGAUGAGAUGAAUUCAAACCCUGAAUAUAUACCAAGUUUUCUGGAACUUCUCAGAGUUUUGCCCGAGGAAGUAUUCAACUACAAAAUAGCAGUUCGUCCUGAUAGACGCCGUAGUUUCGAAAAUGAACUUGCUUCAGGAAUGGAGAUUGCUCUUAAUGUCUUAACAGCUUGCUUGAACAUCAAUGAACUGACAGAGCAGGUUCUUGAGGCUUUUGCUUCUUGGCUACGGCUAAGGCAUAGGAUUCCUGCUUCAGCUCUUGCUUCACAUCCACUAGUGCUUACAGCUCUCUCAAGCUUGAAUAGUGACAUACUCUCUGAGGCAUCAGUUAAUGUUAUAUCUGAAUUAAUACACUAUACAGCAGUCAGAAACUCCAAUGCAGUCGUUCAAAUGCCCUUGAUUCAAGUAAUUGUCCCUCGGAUUAUGAGUCUGAAACCGCAGCUUCGAGAUCCUUCCAAGGACGAGGAGGAUGUGAAGGCCAUUGCUCGUUUAUUUGCUGACAUGGGGGAUGCAUAUGUUGAAUUGAUUGCAACUGGUUCUGAUGAAUCGAUGUUGAUUGUUCAAGCACUACUUGAAGUUGCUUCACAUCCAGAAUUUGAUAUUGCAUCAAUGACCUUUAACUUCUGGCAUAAUCUCCAAAUUAUGUUGAUUGAGAGGGAUUCUUAUGUAGCGUAUGGUAGUGAAGCAUCUGUUGAAGCUGAGAGAGCCCGUCGACUGCAGGUUUUCCGUUCAUCAUAUGAAUCACUUGUUUCCUUGGUUAGCGUGAAAGUCGAGUAUCCCCAGGAUUAUGCAGAUCUUUCAAGAGAGGACCAGAAAGAUUUUAAGCAGACUAGAUAUGCUGUUGCCGAUGUCCUUAUUGAUGCAGCUCUGGUUUUAGGCGGCGAUGCUGCGCUAAGAAUUCUUUACAUGAAGCUCAUUGAGGCUGUUAGUAAUUGCGGACAUAGCCAGCAGACUGAUUGGCGUCCAGCAGAAGCUGCCCUGUAUAGCAUACGAGCAAUAUCAGAUUUUGUAUCUAAUACUGAAGGAGAAGUGAUGCCCCAGAUCAUGUCCUUGCUCCCGAAACUUCCUCAUCAACCGCAGCUCCUGCAGACAGUGUGCUUAAUAAUUGGAGCUUAUUCAAAAUGGCUUGAUGCUGCACCAAGUGGGCUUUCGUUCUUGCCUCCACUCAUAGAUAUUCUUGUUAGUGGCAUGAGUAUUUCAGAGGAAACUGCAUCAGCUGCUGCUUUGGCGUUUCGUCAUAUAUGUGAUGACUGCAAGAAAAAGCUGUGUGGAUCCUUGGAUGGUCUCUUUCAGAUAUACCAAAGGGCAGUGAUCGGAGAAGGUCCCUUCAAGGUCUCUGCUGAAGACUCGUUGCAUCUAGUCGAAGCUCUAAGUAUGGUUAUCACAGAACUUCCUUCAGAGCAUGCUAAGAAGGCUCUAGAGGCAUUAUGCUUGCCUGCUGUUGCUCCUUUACAGGAUAUCAUUAAUCAAGGUCCUCUAGUGCUGGGGCAGAAGCCUGCUCGUGAGCUAACUGUUCAUAUAGAUCGACUAGCAAAUAUAUUUAGACAUGUAAAUCAUCCGGAAGCUGUUGCAGAUGCUGUUCAAAGACUGUGGUCCAUCUUCAAAGCAAUUUUUGAUAUUCGUUCUUGGGACAUGCGGACCAUGGAAUCUCUUUGUCGAGCAUGCAAAAAUGCUGUGAGGACCUCUAAAACUCUUAUGGGAGUUACAGUUGGUGCAAUGCUCGAGGAGAUACAAGGAUUAUACAAACAGCAUCAGCAGCCAUGUUUUCUUUACCUCUCUAGUGAAGUUAUUAAGAUAUUUGGGUCAGAUCCAACUUGUACAAACUAUUUGAAAACCCUGAUUGAAUCUCUCUUCAACCACACAACGUUUAUGCUUACAAAAAUUCAGGACUUCACUUCACGACCUGACCUGGUAGAUGAUUGUUUUUUGUUGGCGUCAAGGUGUAUACGUUAUUGUCCUCAAUUAUUUUUUCCAUCUCCUGUAUUUCCUUGUUUAGUGGACUGUUCAAUGAUUGGCAUCACCGUACAGCACAGGGAAGCCUCCAAUUCCAUACUGAAUUUCUUGUCAGAUGUUUUUGAUCUUGCAAAUUCUAGUCAGGGAAAGCCUUACAUAUCCAUCCGGGACAACGUGAUCAUUCCUAGAGGCUCAGUGAUCACCAGAAUUCUUGUAGCUGCUCUAACAGGAGCACUUCCAAGCUCUCGACUAGAAACGGUAACAUACGCACUUUUGGCUCUUACUCGAGCCUACGGUGCAAAAGCGUUAGAAUGGGCAAAGGCGAGCGUCUCCUUAAUUCCAUCCAACGCUGUCACAGAGGUGGAAAGGUCAAGGUUUUUGCAAGCUUUGUCAGAUGCAGCCGCUGGUGCAGCUAUAAACGGCCUGAUGAUUCCAAUUGAGGAAUUGUCAGAGGUCUGCCGACGAAACAGGUCAGUUCAAGAGAUUGUACAAGGAGCUUUGAGGCCACUGGAGCUGAACAUGGCCCCUGUAUCAUAGUGUUGAGUGACAGAGAAGGGCUAUUUUUUCCGCGCCCUUGUCUUCGGUUGAGGCUGUUUUCGUUUUGCUUUUUUGUAUUUGUAUAUUGUUCUUCAUUUGCCAAUUCAUAUAGGUUGCAUGGGAGAGAGGGGUUGUGUUGUUGUGUUUUACUUUGAAAAAUAUAUAAAUUUAUUUUUUUCCCCCAUUGGUAAAGGACUGGCAUAAAUCAGUGAGCUGGUGAAAUUGUCUUGGCUUGGUCAAUUUUUGGGGCAAAAAAUGAGUUUUUGUGUCAUACUUGGGUUUCAAUGUAAUUUCUUGAUUUUUGCUUCUUCU